AUGUUUCCCUUAGUUGCAGGAAACAAGGAUAAGUAUUUUAUUUCCAUGCCUCUUGUCACACCAGCAAGUUCUUCUACAACAGAAACAACAAAUUAUUCUAGGUUAUGCCGCGUGCUUGUCGAUUUGGGCUCUUGUGCCCUCAGGGAUUGCUUCGAUUCUAUCUGCACACCACCAACCCUUCACAGAGUCUUGGCAGCUAAUCAGCUCACCUUGCAAAAUUUGAGAUCACGAAGGAUCAUCAAUGCAACGCAAUGGGGAAAACUCUUUCCUGCCAUCCCUACUUCAGUCUCAUCAAAGAAUUUUGACAUCACUUUAUUGAUGACUUUGCUGCGCAAUAUAUGCGGUCUUGCUCCCCCAAUGACAGGAUGGGAUGUGCUCCCUGCGGCCACUGACACGAGCUGUGAAGCAGACAUCGCACGAGUCAAAUACUUCAGAAACGUGGUGUAUGCUCAUGCUGAACACGCUUCCGUUGAUGAUUCAGAAUUUCAAAGACACUGGAAAGACAUCCGGGAUACUCUGGUGCGGCUAGGAGGAGUUAACUAUGAGGUCAAAGUCUGCUAUUAUUCCUGUUGUUGUUGUUGCUUUUUUUUUUCUAACUACAAAUUUUCAGGAAAAUCUUAAUACGUACAUUAUAAACCUAUACAUUUAUUUAACGACACCCAGCCUUAUUUUCGUGGCUUACUUUUUAGAACCCUUAGAAAUUGGCAUGGGAGGUGCGGGAAAAGCCUGGGAAUGAUAGAAUGUUCACAGCCCUUCAUUUUCCCUAAUUUUUAUUUGAUGAACUCGCGAAUUCAAGCAAGUGUUGAAGUGGAACGCUAGGAACGGCUGUAUGAUGAGAUCCUUCUUUACCUCACAACAAAAACUAAUUUUUUCCCAACUGCAUUUAUUGAUGUCAUAGAGUCCUUUUUUAAAGGUUGCUAUUGACGAUCUUGAAGUUAUCUGUAUGGACCCAGAUAUGGAGUGCCAUUAUAAAGACCUUUUAGCGCAGUGGAAAUAUGAUGAGGAUAACAUAAAAUAUGUGUUGAAGGGAAUUGAAAAGAAACUUGAUGACUUGAUGGCAACGACCAAGUCUUCUACAGUGGGAACUACAGGCAAAGAAGGUUUGUAGCAACAAUGAAGAUAUACUAGGUUCACCAAUGUAAUUUUAUCACAAAACUCCGUCAAGAAAAUUCUGAUUUCCUAGCUUGCAUAAGCAAAAGAUACUGAUGCAAGGAUACGAUCAUUUUGAUAUGAGAUGCCUUGCAGUUCUCGUAAUGGCACUGAGAUCGAAGCUGCCUUACAACGUUUCGCUUUACAAUUAACAACAACAUUAUUGCAGUAGAUUAUAGGUAUAUUUAUUUUUUCUUUUAAACGGAAUGUACAAUUUACGCUUUUUAAGUUUAUAAAUUUCGGAGCUUUUGCUUUUAUUGCAGAAGCUUCGUUAGCGAAAUGUGGUGUGAAAACACUGCUUUUCCUCUCACAUUAUUCAUCACAUGAUUGGUAAGGUGAUUGGAAACCGCUGGUAGAGCCCUGUCUGUUAAUUUCAGGUUGUUUUCUUUUGAGAAAUAUCGCUUUUUUCACUUUACGCUUAAGAUCUGUAGGCUCUCUGUUCAGGGUGGAUGUCUGUUCCCGGCAAACUGAGUACCCCAUCCUUUCCUGGUGUAAACGGUUGUUUACUGUGCUCAGAAAGCCUUUUUCCUAGUGUUUUGACUGUUUAUCUGAUGUAGUGUUUCUUGCAAAGGUCAUAUUCAGUCUCAUGUAUCACCCAAGUAGUCAGCGAUACUAGUUUGUCCUUAGAAUGGCCCAGAAGGGCCAGACCAGAAUGUAUUGAUCUCAAACUUUUGGGAAAUUCUUGUCAGGUGUUCCAAAGGCUGCGGAUGUAUGGUAGCUCUUCGGUAGAAAUGUUAGCAUUUAUAACAAAGGUCGAGUUGUUCGAAAGAAAAUAAGCCAGCUGACACCUAAUUUUUAGAUCAGGAUUAACGCUAAUCGGGAUUUGAGCAAUCCGGCGUUCUUUUCUUUGCUGUGCACCACCUGAUUUUUUUUUACCAACCUGACAUCUCCUGACAACCUUUUUUUUUUUACAUAGACAAAAACUUGAAGCUAGAGGAGGUGUUGGAUACUUCUUCGGUGUGCAGAGAGAAAACUCACGAGAAUGGACCUUUGGCAACUUUCUGUAAACAGUGCAAGGUUUGCAUUUGUGACAAGUGUGAACAGACACGUCACAGCCAUCACACCACGGUGGAUAUCCAACAGGCAGCAGAACAACACAAAGUGGAUAUUGAAGAGGUGGUAAAAGAAAUGAAAAGAGGAAUUGCUGAUUAUGAGGGGCUCGUGGAAAGGAAACGAGAAUCCUUUAGAAAAAGCAAAGAGAGGAUUGUUACAGCACGCAAUAAAGUUAUGACCUCUGUUGAAGAACUUGUGCGUCUUUUACAGGAGCACGAGAAAACUGUGCUAACCAGUUUGGAUAUCAUUGAAGACAAAUUUCAAAGAGAGCACGCAGCUCAACUGGAACAUUUCCAGAUUUCUAUGAACCAGUUAGAAAAGCAUGUCGAGUGGUGCGAAGGGAUCUUACAGAGGAGCAAAAGCGUUGAAAUUCUGCAGGCUCAUCAAGUUCUUAUUGGAAGGUGCAAGGGUCUUCUGAAUGCAGAGAAAUUAAGCAUUUUCAAGGCAUCGCAUAUCAGAUACGAAAUGAAUAAAGAUCAUGUCGAGAAUGUGAGGAACGGAAUUCUAACUCUGGGUCAGGUUGUGGUUAGCAGUACAGAUCCUUUGCAGUCAGUGGCAGAGGGAUCGGGGUUGUAUCAAGGAGAUGUCGGAAGCGUAGCAACCAUUAAAAUAAGGACUAAAGAUUCUGAUGGAAAUCAAUGCUACGACAAAGACGAUAAGAUUGAUAUGAAAGUUCAGCCUCCAUCAGGAGAAAAUUACCUGAACCAAAUGAUUAGAUGCGGCAAUGAUGGUAAAUAUAUUGCUACUUACACACCAGAUUGUGUUGGACAACAUCAAGUGCUGAUCUCAAUUAACGGUGAACCACUGACUGGUAGCCCAUGGAGAGUUCUUGUAACCCCCCAUCGUUACAAAUCUUUAUUUUCAUUUGGUUCCCAUGGUGAAGGACAUCUAGGUCCUUCUUGUAUUGCAAUAGAUGACAUGUCUGGGAACGUUGCAGUGGCCGGCUUUCAUAAUGGAGUACAACUGUUUAGUUUAGAAGGAAAGCAUCUGAGAGAUAUUGAUGCUAACAACCUGACUAGUUCCAUUUCAGUAGCAUUCACCAAGUCAGGUGAACUCCUAGUGAUUGCUUCUUACAAGAUUUUUAGUUUCAAUGAAAGCGAAAAACUAGUAAAGCAUGUCGCAAACAAGCACCUAAAGCAACCACAAUGCCUGACGAUCGCAAGUGAUGGACGCAUGGUGGUCUGUGACUGUGGUGACCACACAGCUAAGGUUCUGUCCUCUGAUGGUUCACAGCUGCUACUCACCGUUAUGGAUCCUGAUGGUGCCAUCCCAUGGCAUGCUGUGAGUCAUCAUAAUAUGUUUUUUGUUUCCUACCCCUGGGCAGGUAAUGUCAAGGUGUUCACCGAGAACGGUACGUUUCUAAAAAGUAUCGGUGGUCUUGAAUCUGAUAACGGACAACUGAGUCGUCCUGUUGGCCUUGCAAUCGACAGGUUUGAUAACCUGGUCGUAUGUGAUUACGAUAAAGCAAGGCUUCAGAUUUUUAAUCCUGAGGGGGAGUUUGUAAGCGGAAUAGAAGGACAAAACAUUGAGCUUAGUAAUCCUCGUUCUGUCGCUGUGUCAAGCACCGGACGGCUGUUUGUCAUUGAUUUAGCCAGCCCCUUUGUGCAUGUUUUCCACUGA